CAUUGAUCACUUCUAACCUUUCCCCCAUUGACCAACACCAAACAUGAGCCGCCCAAGUAGUAGCAACAGCAGCACUUGGACUCGAGGCAGCGACGUCAACUGGACCUUGACACACCAGCGUGAUACUUUGCAGCCACCCAGGAAGAUUUUGCUCUCAACUCUUCGAGUGAAGGUGGUGACAACGGAACCAGGAUCUUCAACACCCGCUUAUGCUACAGAUUCAGUACAUAAGAGCCGAAUUCAGAACUGGUUCAAGGCGUCUUUCAAGUGGUGUGUCAAUGCGCUGACAUUAUGCUGUCUUCGCCAGCCAAAACGUUCUUCGUACACUGAAAUCUGUCGAGGCCCCACACUUGGCAGCAAACCAACCAUCUCCACCAAUGCUCGGGGCGACUCAUCGUCUAUCGAGUUUGUGCCAAUACGAAGUCCCUUAUGUGGACCAGUCCAGAAACCAGCACCCCCUCCACACGAUGAUGACGAAGACGAUGAUUUAAGUAUGAAAAGCGCACGUAUAGCUGCUAGGGAGAUCGAAAGAUGCGGUGCGAAGCUGUCGCCUGCAAAACCUCGGGAAAUGAUGAAGAAAUCCGGAAUUUGGGGUUGUGAUGAGCAUGAGAGAUACUGUGAAGCGCUCGAAAUGUAUCGCUACGGGUCUUGGAAACAAAUUGCGGCCCAUGUGGGAUCAAGAACAGAACGUCAAGUAUUGAGUCACGCACAGAGUAUUCGUGCGCGGAAGAGAAAAGAUGAAGAACGACAAGCGAGUGCUAUUUCCAGUCGUUUGUCGCUUCUGGAAGCAAGAAAAUCUACACCUGAGGAGCUUCUCGCAGCUUCGAUGAAAGGUCCUCUUUCAGUGAAUUUGCCGUCCUUCGUAAACCACCGUUCUGAUGUCGUGGACGCCAGUGUCGACACAGCAUUUACAGAUCUUCCACCUUGGGACUUGAGCUUCGACCUCGAUUUAUCAUUAACAGAGGAGUUUGAAGCCAAAGUUCCGGUAGAACGAACAAAUGGAGAAAUGACUUACGAUGACGAAGGGAGUGAAUUGCAGCGAAGCACCAAGCGCUCGAAGCUUGACCCAGCCGCGAUCGUUAGUUUUGACGCCCCGCUAUCUUCCUCGUCUCUAGAGAUCUUUCUGGAGGGAGUGCUUAGUGAUGACGACGUGCUCGAACUCCUCGAAAUUCCGCCAACGCCAUUAGAAAUUGAACACGCUUCGUAAACACGCUUUUACGUGCUUUUACGUAGCUAAUAUUCCCCAGCUAAUUGUAAACAAAAACACGCCUUUGUAAAAAAAAAUUCUUGCGCUUUAUACAAGUCAUAUACACGACGUCACACCUGC